GUCAGACGGUAAGGUAUGACCUUAACAGGAAUAUGAAGAGCUGCUUUAGUUUGCUCUCUCUGUCCUUCUUGAUUGUGAUUGGUGUGUUUGGUGUUGAUACAGAUAAAGUGAAGUCAGUGUCAGUGAUUGAGGGAGAUUCUGUCACUUUACACACUGAUGCAACUGAAAUACUGAGAGAGAAUUUGAUCAUGUGGACAUUUGGACCUGAUGGUAUUGCAAUAGGUAAAAUCAACCGUGAGGCAAGAAAAAGCUACACAUAUGAUGGUGCUGAUGAGGAAUUCAGAGGCAGACUGCUACUGAAUUUUCAGACUGGAGAUCUCACCAUCGAAAACAUUAGAACUGAACAUGGUGGACUUUAUAAACUAACCAACUCCAGCACACAGACCCCACUGAAGAUAUUUAAAGUUACUGUCUAUGCUCGUCUGCCCAUUCCUGUCAUCACUACGGACUCUUCACUGAACUCUUCAUCAUCUGAAAGUUCAUCUAAAUGUGUGUUGGUGUGUUCAGUGGUGAAUGUGACACAGGUGACUCUCUCCUGGUACAAAGGAAACAGUUUAUUUUCCUCCAUCAGUGUGUCUGAUCUCAACAGCAGUCUCUCUCUACAUCUGGAGUGUCUCAAUGAUUCUUACAGCUGUGUGGUGAACAAUUCAUUCAGCAACCAGACUCAACAUCUCAACAUUACUGAAGUCUGUCAGCCGUGUUCAGAGCACGCCCAUUACCACUGUUGCAGUUUCACCGAAGCUGUGAUCCGAUUGUUCCUCUCUGGCCUAGUGGGCGUGGCUGCUGUUGCUGUAGUGUUUUAUGACAUCAGAUCCAGAGGAGCUGAGCAGAAGAGAAAGACACAGCCUUAAUUAUUGGCUUCAUGGCAUCCAAAGAAGAAACAAAUGUUAAAAUCUUUUUAGAAACACAGAAAGCAUGUCAUGGGUCAUGUUGUUUCUGCUGAAAACAAAACACUGUUAAAGAGCUCUGCAGGAAAUGGCAAACAUUUCAGUUUAAAAUUAUAGCCCUAAAUGGCAAUCAAACAGAAAAUCGUACAAUGGCCAAAGACGCACACUGAAAAAAUGUCUAAAUGUUAUUUGACUCAGUUCUUCACCUUAAGUCCUGUUCAGACUGGAGCUUUCCUUGAUGUUAAAGAAGAAUUGGGUUUCACAGAAGAACUUUGUGAUUUUAGUGCUAUGUGAAUCGGGACGUCUGCUUUUCCUCACACAACCUCUGCAAAAAUUAUGAAGCAAAUUACUCACUGUUUUUCAGCUAAAUCCGCUGUCCUCUGAGAAAUCUACACCUGUCCAGAUAGGAGUGUCUAUGACUGCGCUAUAGUAUUUUUUAUUUAUUUUAUUUGUCAUUUAGAUUUUUUUGUUUUCAUUCGUUUUCACUAUAUGACUUCUAGUUUGAGUUUAGUUUGAGUUUUUUCAAUGUUUUCUAGUUUCAGUUUUUAUUUUAGUUUGAGUAUUUUUGGACUAAAUGUUUUUUCAGGGUUACUCAGUUUGACCUGAACAAAAUGUGCCUUUUCAAUAAAGGUCAAAAUAUCUGAUAUGUUUUUUAAGAAGUCACACAGUCAUGAGGGUCCAAAGGGUCUCUUUUUUUUUUUUUUUUUAUGAUUUUUAUAUUUUUUUCUGAUAUGACAGCAGAAUGGGUACCUUCAUUGUUGGUUACACCACCUGACUUUGUCCACCUGAUUUGGAUAUAUAUAUAUAUACUAUUUAUUUUUACUAGACUUCUUAUAUCAAUAUUUCUUUGUUCAAGAAUUUAAGCUUUUCAUUAGACUAUUUUGAACACUGAAAUUGAAAGCAUUUUUAUUAAAAUAAAGGUGUAUUCAAGUAAUUGUAAUUUUGUGUGAACUGUAUUUUCUUAUGUACUUUUUAAUAACUUUCAUCAUUUGAAGUUUAGCAAUGUUACAUUUCUGGCACUUUCAUGCCUUAUGAAGGCCAC